AUGGCGGCAGCGAAGGAGGAGAAGCGCAAGGCCGAGGGCUCGAUUAACGGUCACGACUCGAAGCGCAUCAAGCCAUCACUCUCGCCUCCGCCCAACGACGACGACGAGCAUGUGCCCACCAUCAACCACGCCGCAUACCCCGAGAAGCCGGCGGUCAUCGAAGAGCGUAACGGCGACAUCUCCUUCUACGUCGUCAAUAACGACAACAAACCUUCCUCUUUCAUCAUCCUCACAGGCCUAAAAUGCAUCUUCCAGAAGCAGCUGCCAAAGAUGCCCAAGGACUACAUUGCCCGAUUAGUCUACGACAGAACACAUAUGAGCAUAGCUAUCGUCAAGCGACCCCCACCUGGCAGUUUGGCAGAAAGCUCUGGACUUCCCGGUGAAGUGGUCGGCGGCAUCACAUACCGCCCGUUUAAAGGCAGGCAGUUUGCUGAGAUCGUCUUUUGUGCUAUCAGCAGCGAUCAGCAAGUCAAGGGAUAUGGAGCGCAUUUGAUGAACCAUUUGAAGGACUACGUCAAAGCCACGAGCGAUGUCAUGCAUUUUCUCACCUAUGCCGACAACUACGCCAUCGGCUACUUUAAGAAACAGGGCUUCACGAAAGAGAUUACGCUCGACAGACCGAAGUGGAUGGGAUACAUCAAAGACUACGAGGGCGGUACAAUAAUGCAAUGUUCGAUGCUUCCCAAAGUGAGAUAUCUGGAGUCCGGCAGGAUGCUGCUGAAGCAGAAAGCAGCUGUCCAUGCCAAGAUUCGCGCUGUCUCCAAGAGCUACGAAAUACAUCAGCCGCCGGCAGCGUGGAGGAAGGCGAAACCAGGUCAGCCACUCCCUGAGAUCGAUCCUCUCGAGAUCUCGGCAAUCAAAGCGACUGGAUGGUCAGCAGACAUGGACGCGCUCGCCCAAAUGCCUCGCCGCAAUCCCGCUCACAGUCUUCUCGUCACGCUUCUCUCGGCAUUGCAAAGCAGCUCUGCCGCAUGGCCAUUCCUCAUACCCGUCAAUGGUGACGAAGUCCACGACUAUUAUGAAGUCAUCAAAGAGCCCAUGGAUUUCAGCACCAUGGAGAAGAAGCUUGAAGGAGAUCAGUACGAGACGGUAGAAGACUUUAUCAAAGACACUCUGCUCAUCGUCCGAAACUGCAAGCGAUAUAAUGCGGAAACAACUCCUUAUGCAAAGGCUGCGAACAAGCUUGAAAAGGAAAUGUGGAAGAAGGUCCGCGAGAUUCCCGAGUGGUCGUACCUUGAACCAGAAAACUUUGAGAGUACGAAUCGACCGGCUGAAUAG